CAAACCAAACACUCCGCACUUAAUCAAACACCUCAAAACACACACACACACACUAAUACACAGAAGACAGAGAGGCAGAGUGAUGGCGAGUUCAGUUUCAAGCCCAGCAGCAUUAGCAUACGUGGUUGUUUACGUGAAAGAUGUAGCCAAGUCCGUCUCAUUUUAUUCCAAGGCUUUCGGCUACCCUGUCCGCCGCUUGGAUGAAUCUCACAGAUGGGCAGAGCUGGAGACGGGGCAAACGACGAUAGCGUUUACGCCAAUUCACCAGCACGAGACGGAUGAGGUGACGGGGGAGGUGCACACGUGGCAGUUCCGGAGGGAGAGAGAUCCGGUGGAGGUGUGCUUUGCGUACGAGGAUGUGGAUGCGGCAUAUUAUAACGCAGUGAAGCAUGGAGCUGUGGGAGUGAGGGAGCCGGAGGAGAAAGAGUGGGGGCAAAAAGUUGGUUAUGUGAGAGAUAUUGAUGGGAUUGUGGUGAGGCUGGGGAGCUUUGUUUCUCUGCCUCAAAAACCUCAUUCCUCUUGAAAUUAUGUCACAUAUGUUCAUGUGUGUUUUAUGGCAUUUCUUGUAAUAUGUUGUCUCUGCUAGCUGAUGAUUCCGAUUGGAAUAGAUAAUUUCGUCCCGUUUUGCAUAAGUUGCUCGGUUUAAAAUAAGGAUGAACUUGACAUUUUGAUAACCGUUGUAAUGAGAAUGAUAUGAAUGAGGAUAAUUAAUCCGGGACAUUUUGCGUGA